GUCUUGUCGUAUUCUGUUGAUACUUGGAAGUUUGACUUAAUACGAAAUAAAAGCAAUUAGCGACGCCAACGGUCUUUGACUUGGAAGCAUCGAAUAUAUCGUUGCGAGUUCGUUCGCAGGAGAUAAGAUGUCCUCUACUAAUAACAGUACACCUAAUAUCAUGGUUUUCAGACCAACAUGGAAAGAAUUUAAAAACUUUAGUAGCUACAUUGAGGUCAUGGAGUCGCAAGGGGCUCACAAAGCUGGUGUGGCAAAAGUUAUACCACCACCUGAAUGGAUACCAAGAAAAAAGAAUUAUGAUGAAGAUGAUAUUAUGAGUUUGAUAAUUCCUGCUCCAAUCCGUCAAGAUGUAAAAGGUACACAAGGUAUUUAUGAACAAAUUAAUGUAAAAGGGAAAGCCAUGACAGUAGCUGAUUUUAAAAUAAUAGCAGAGUCUGAUAAAUAUAAGACACCUAGCCACUUUGACUAUGAGGAUCUCGAAAGAAAAUUUUGGAAAAAUGUAAUGUACAAUUCCCCAUUGUAUGGUGCAGAUGUAUCUGGAUCUAUAACUGAUAAAGAUGUUGAUGUUUGGAAUAUUAACAAUUUGGGAACAAUAUUGGAUUAUGUAAAUGAAGAUUAUGGUAUAAAGAUUGAAGGUGUUAAUACAGCUUAUCUUUACUUUGGAAUGUGGAAAACCUCAUUUGCUUGGCACACCGAAGACAUGGACUUGUAUAGCAUAAACUAUUUACACGAUGGAUAUCCAAAGUCAUGGUAUGCAAUACCUCCAGAACAUGGUCGUCGCUUAGAAAAAGUGGCUAGUGAAAUGUAUCCAUUAUAUGCUUCAAUAUGCCCUGCAUUUCUUAGACACAAAAUGGCUGUAAUAUCGCCUAAUAAGUUAAAAAAAUAUUCUAUACCAUAUAAUAAGAUCACCCAAGAGCGAGGAGAAUUUAUGAUAACAUUUCCCUUUGGAUAUCAUGCGGGUUAUAACCAUGGGUUCAAUAUAGCUGAAGCGACUAAUUUUGCAACACCACGUUGGGUGGAGUAUGGUAAAAGAGCUUCACAGUGUCAUUGCUGUCUAGAUUCGAUAAAGAUCAGUAUGGAUACAUUUGUUAAACGCAUACAACCUGAGAAGUAUAAGUUGUGGCUUAAAGGAAAUGAUAUCGGUACUCAUCCAGAAGGUCCUCCUUGUACUCCAGAUAGGCACACGCCUAGUAAAUCUGACUUAUUAUGUAACAUUAACAAUAAAGAUAUUCCAAAAUGUUAUAACAAAGCCAGUAAAAACGGUCGGCCUGUAAAAUGUAAGUUUUCAGAUUCUCCAUUGUCUAAUGAUACAACACAUGUCAAUAAUGCUACAGAUGUACAUUCAUCAAGAAAAGUACAAGGAUUAGAUGAAAAGGAAUAUAAAGAUGAACAAUUCAAUGAUGGAGUAGUUAUGGAAGAUAUGUGUUCAAAAGCUAAUGAAAUGAAUGUCACUGAAGUGUCAUAUAAUAAUGGAAAGUCUAGACUUUUUAAUAAAAAUCAUUCAGUUUUGGAAGAUAUAGAAUUUACAAGUGAUAGUGACUAUUGUAAUGUUUCAGAAAAAAGAAGAGUCAAGAAAAAAAUGUUUAAAAAACAAGAAACAAAAAAGAAUCCAACAUUUAAGGAAAAGAAUAAUUUUAAAUCAACUGAUACAAAUUUUGUUGCUCCUGAUCAAACUAUUGACCAUACAGUAUCAACAACCAUUAGCUUCAAAGGAUGUGGUAAUAGUAUUAAAAAAGUAAUAAAUGCCGCAAAUGUUGAAAAAGCACCGUUAAAUAUAAAAUGUACAAGUGGUACUGAUUAUUGUGAUGGUUCAAAUGAAAGAAGUGUCAAGAAAAGAAAGUCUACAAAACUAGGUACAAAAAAGAAUCCAAAAUCUAAAAAUAAGAUAAACUAUAAAUCAACUGAGAAAAUUGUUGUUGCUUCUGAUCAAACUAUUAACCGUACGGGUUCAACAAUCAUUAGCUUCAAAGAGAGCGAUAAUAGUAUUGAAAAAGUAAUAACUAUAUCACCUAUAAAUGUUGAAAGUUUCAAUUCUAUGGAUAUCAACAGAGCUACAGAAGAGUCUCUGGUAAAUAAAUGUCUCAAUAAGAGUAUUAAAGAUUCAACAGUUUUUGACAAUACCUUAAAAAAUGAUCGUUUACUAUCUAAAAAAUAUGACACUGUAAAUUAUAACGCACAUUCAAAUUUAGUUAAAAGAAAACCAUUACCACCAAUUAAGUUUGAAAAGUCACAUAGUUCAUCUCCUACCAGUUCAAAUACCGAUAUUAAUAUAGAAAAUAAAUCUUAUAUGACUCCAACUCUAAAAAUUGAAGAUAAUAUGGAAUCUACACAGAAUUUUUUUCAACCAACUCCUGAACGUAUAGAGACUAACUAUGGAGAAGAGUAUGGAAUUGAAACAAUUAUAAGUGAUAUUGUUAACAAUUGUUGGUCAUUAGAGAUUGAACAACUCUAUAAUGUAUUUAGAAGUAUGAAUUAUCCAAAUUGUUCAUCAUGUAUAAUGAUGACCUGUGAAAAGGUAACUUUCAACUUGGAUUGGAAAACGACUGCGAGAUCUUUCAUGCAUCUAAAAUCACUUAACACUCUGAAACCUACCAAAGCAUUAUUUAUAAAUGCAAUUUCUGGCAUUACCAUCAUUUUUGAGGCAGAACUCUUAAGAUGUGAGAAAUGUUAUUUGGUCGUUCAUAAAAUAUGUUAUGGUAUUGAAAAUGUAGAUACAUGUAUUCCUUGGUUGUGUGAUCGUUGCAUGAAAAAUCCUAUGCAUGCUGCUUGUGUAUACUGUCCAUUAAAAUACGGUGCUCUCAAAGAAUAUAAAAUCAAUGAAUGGUCACAUGUUGAAUGUUAUCUUUUUGUGCACGGCAGUAGUCCAUUAACUACCCAUAUUUUUUCAACAGACUUUAUAACUAAUCAAAAGUGUGUAAUAUGCAAUUUAACAUCUGGUAAUUGUUUCCGUUGCUCUGAUUGGAGUUGCAACGCAUGGUCCCAUAUUUCUUGUGGAAUAUUUGCUGGAUUCGAGUAUCGCAUUGAUCAAAUCAACAAGCAUAUUUUCAUCAAUUGCAUUGAUCAUUGUUACGUUUCAGAUAAACAACGAGUAUUUCACAUAAAUCAAAAAGUAUGGGCGACACAAUCAAAUAAUAAUAAUAAAUUUAACAGGGAAUGUAGAAUUGUACACAUUGAUAAAACUCCCUUUUGCAUUGUAAAAUUCAGUGAUGGUUCAAUAUCAGACAGAAUUCCAUUACAACAAAUUAAGAACUUUGCAAAUGAUAUUCCAUCCAUUAACCAAGAAAUACAUUUAGAAUCUGGUGACAAAGGUUUAUUCCUGGGGUUGAAUUAUAAUAAUCCGACAUAUUUAGUUGUGUAUAACAAUGGAAAUUAUGGUUCUGUACAAGCUCAUAAUAUAAGAUUCUGGGAAAAUAAACAAAUUAACUAUUUGAAACAGCAAGGGAAGCGUGUGUUAGCUAAAUACAGAAAAAAUGUGGAUUCAAAAAUCGAGUGGACCAAGUGAUACUUUUUUCAGAAAAAUAUUCAAAAAAACUGGUUGCCUGGCCGGAAUUGUACCCACCCCACCAUAAUUUAUAAUGUCUUAUAACAAUGUUUACUGUUUUAUAUCAUAGUUGA